AUGUUUCAGAACUGCCCUAGCGGCCGGGGCGCCUCAACAUGGUGUGGACCGAACGCACAGCAGCAUCAGUCAGCAAGGGCAGGUUCAAUCACCAGGCGCAGACCUUAUUCGGCCGUGCUUCAGAUGGCUACCGGCGACGCUGGCGAUGCUGCAGAGCAGAAGGCGAAGGCGCUUCGGGAAGCUGCUGCGGCGAUGCGCGCGCAGGCGACUGAGCUGGAGGAGAAGCAGAAGCGCGAGAGACGCGAAGGGGCAGACCGAUCGUUUGCGGCGUUCGACUCCAACAAGGACGGGGCGGUGGGUGUAGCAGAGCUCAAAGCAGGGUUGGAGGGUCCACUCAAGAAGACCUUUACCAAGCAGCUUACCACUCGCAUGGGACGGAAGCCUACACCAGAAGAGGUGGAGGCUAAAAUCUUGGAGCUCCCCGGGGGUGCGCUGUUCCCCGACGACCUCGCGGAGCGACUGAUCAAGAUGUACGACCAGAACGGGGACGGCGUGCUGCAGCAGUCAGAGUUCGCGCCGACUGAGGAGCUUCGAGCCAGGCUCGAGAGCAUCUUCCGCGAGCGGCGAGAGGAGGAGCUGGAGGCGCGACAGGCGGAGCGCAAGCGGGAGAUGGACGCCAAGACGAAGGGGAAAGGGAAGAUGCUGUCCUCGGUAGCCGACAGUGACAGGGAGGCCGCUUCGGCGACGAGCCUCGAGAAAGCAUUGUGCGCGUUGCCGUACAUCUUGCCGCUUUCGGAUGGGAUCGUGUACGCCCAGCACAUUUAUUCCACGUUCCCGCAGCAGAUGGCAUGGUCGGAGCCACUUGUGGCGAUCCUAAUUGCGGUGAACAACUUGCCGUUCGCGACCCUGGUGGCGUUCUUCGGCAUGUCCAUCUUGUCCAGCAACCAGAACAUCAACAAGCUGCUGAGAUUCAACAUGCUCCAGGCGAUCAACUUCGACAUCGCACUCAUCGUCCCGUCCGUAUUCGGGCCGCUUUUGACCUGGUCCCUGGGGUCGGACGCCUACAAGAUCUCUCCCAUUACGGACAUAGCGACGGAUAUCAUCUCGGUAUCUCUGGUCUUAGCGGUGGCGUACUCGAUCUCUGCCUCGGCCACCGGUGCGAUCCCUAACAAGAUUCCGUUCUUCGGGAAGAUCAACCGCGUGACCCGCGACGAUAGCUGAGCGUUGUCGGUUCGAUUUUGAUUGGGGAUAACGUCGCUUUUGGAUCGUCCGAAUCACAUCCCGUCUCCGUCAAAAUGAUUUUCAAAGGUCCUCGUAUGGAGGACCAAAUCAGCGAAAGUGGAUUCGUGCAUUGACUCGAUUGAUGGGUCUGGUUCGGGUCUGCUUGCCCUUGUUGGGUGUAGGGUUACCACCAAAGCGGGUAUUUCGUGAUUCGCCGAUUCCUCCGAACAUGGAGGAAAAUCUCAACCAUUUCCAGAGUGACGAAGUAGUGGAAUAUGUGCGUGUUAGGUUUUUCCCAUGGGAGAUUUGGGGACCCGUGUUUUGUGACAGCCAGUGCAGGACCCAUCACUCUCGGGGUCAUGAUUAGUUCUUGGGAUAUUGUUGAUUUGCAAUCGUCUCACAUUUAUUGACUGGUUUUGCCUUUCACUUUUUUCUUGCUCAACGAUGUGCUUUGUUGAUUCGGUGUUCGACAUGGGCAACGCCGGCCAAGACAUGGCGGGCUGUAAGAGUUGCACUGGAAGCAACGCGCGGAACUUAGCAGAUGCGCAGCGUGGGAGCCAGAAGCCUCCUCCUUAGCAAAGAGUAGCAAUACCGACGUCCUAUGCGAUGUCCUAUGCGGAUAGGACAAACCGUCCCUCCUGGAGGGCUCGUUCCUUGAGUUGACUUGUGGGUCAACGUGAAUCGCUGCGGUUGCCACCGUCGUCGAAUGACGUUACACGAGAGUUAGCACCUGACCUUUUGAUCAUGACAUGUCCUUAGCUC